CUAUGGAAAUACUUUUGGUUAUUGUCUCAGCAGUUAAACCUGGUACUUGUGAACCCAAAAUAUGGUUAAAUAAAUGAGUAUUUCUAGAUUAUAACCUCAUGACUUGAAAGCAUUUUUAUAUAAUCAUAAUGCGGUAUAUAGUAUUAUCUCUGAUUAUGAAUAAAUAAAAACAUUUUUAUGUGCAUUAAAAGAUACACAAGUAUAUAAGUAGUAGUCGAUAUUAAAUUGCACAAAUAUAUUUAGAGUUACUAUUAAAGAGGUUGUACUGUAGAUUGUAAAGACAUGCAAAUCUAACUACUCUAUUCUUAUUCACUUAAUUGCCGUUCAUAGAAUUUUCUAUAUUUCUUCUUAUUUAUAAAAACAGCAUCAUAUUAAUAAAGUUUCAGUUAUAAAACUGAGUUCGACAGAACUAUAUAUAACCUCAAUAAGGAAUUAUAACUAUAAUAAGGAAUUGUAAGAAAUUGAAAUAAAAAAAAUAGUUAUGAAAAUUAAAUUGCCCAAUUUAAAGUGCCCUGCACAUGAUACUAAAAAAUGGCGAAAUUUGUAUAUGCAAAAUAAAGCCAUAUAUAGUCAUAAGAAAUCAGUUACCAAAUUUAAACAAUUCACGAAGUUAUCGGUGUUGUGUAUGCUCAUUUUAACAUUACAUUUGUAUUGCGAUUCAUUUAAUUAUACAACUAAUGUGUAUCGCACAGUACUUUACGGAGUGGAUAAAAAUGUCAAAUACGGUCCAGCGCAAUCACAAUAUUACAUCCACACUUCACAAUGUUGUAUGCCUUAUGUGAAUCCCUUUUCCGAGGAAGCGCUAAAAAUAUUUGUACCAGAAAAUUAUAAAUAUACUGAUUGCACCAACGACGAGGCUUUCAUUACAAGCAGCUAUCAGCUUAAUGCACGACAAUACCUUCUACACAUGAAUUUGAAGGCCAUAGAGCGAGCCGUUAAACCAUUAAAUGCCAGUGCCGCAGAUGUCCGUUGCUGUUAUCGGCAAAUUAUCAGAGCUGGAAGUGGUGAAACGGCUGACAAAGAGCAUAAGCUUUUAAAUUGCACCACAUUUGAACAGGACUUUCUGGUCCCCAUAGAUAUAGAAUAUAUGGUUACUGAGUGUUAUAUUGACACAAAAUCAAUUCAAGCGGACGCCUUCUCAUUUAUACAAACACAAAAGCAUUUGAACAGCUCUAAAGCUAGUUCGAACGUUAGAAGUGCGAGACCGUCGACUAUAAGAAAGCCGAGCAUACUCCUAGUGGGCAUUGAUAGUAUGUCACGCAUAAAUUUAAGACGCACAAUGCCGCUGACUGCUAAGUAUCUGGAUAUAAGCGAGGAAUGGAUUGAAUUUCAUGGUUAUAAUAAAGUCGGUGAUAACACUUUUCCAAAUUUGAUGGCGCUGCUAACGUCUUACAAUGAAUCAAUGGCUCAUGAGAAAUGCAAGCCUACAACGGUAGGCGGACUUAAUCAACCCAUUUGUAACUUUAUUUGGAAUAAUUUUAAACAAGCCGGUUACAUAACGGCAUAUUCGGAGGAUGUGGUGUGUAUAAGUACGUUUAAUUGUUUGAAGAUAGGAUUUGAGCACCCACCAACUGAUUAUUAUCUACGUCCCAUGACUUUGGGUAUUGAAAAAGCACUGAAAGUAGAAUCUAAAGAUGGUCUACCAUACUGUGUUGGCCGCCGACAUUAUGCCGAUUACAUUUUCGAUAGCGCAUUACAAUUAGCGAAUGUGUUUACGGAACAACACACCUUCGGACUGUUUUGGAUGAACUCAUUUAGUCAUAAUGCUUUCGAUACGGCAGCAACAAUGGACUUGAAGGUGUUGGAGUAUCUUAAGAAAUUUAAAAGUGAAGGGGUACUGGAGCGUUCGAUCGUGUUAUUUUUUUCGGAUCAUGGUAUACGUUCCGGUUCAUUGAUGAAAUUGAAAUCUGGCUUCUUAGAAGAACGUUUACCAAUGUUUUUCAUAUCGUUACCACCAUGGUAUCAAAACGAACAUCCAGAUUUCGUCAAAAAUCUAAAAAUUAAUCAGCAGCGUUUAACGACUCCCUACGACAUUUAUGCCACACUCAAACAUAUACUUGAAGAAGCGGAUCCUGACAUACAAGUACCUUAUGUCAACGGCUCUACACCUGGUAAUAGUAUUUUUCGUGAAAUACCCGAGGAACGCACCUGUCAGGAUGCCAAUAUUCCCGAUCAUUGGUGUACCUGCGUACCUUAUGAAACUGUACCCACAAGCGAUGGACUUGCAAAGAAUGUAACGGCACUAGUGUUAGGCGAAAUGAAUCAAUAUCUGGUUAAUAAAAAUAUUAACGACAAAUGUGCCGAAUUAAAAUUAGAAAGGAUCAAUAGUGUUGAAAUGAAAAUGAUCAAAAUACCGAAUGAGUCCACAUAUCGUAUAAAUUUCGAAGCAAAUCCGGAGAGAGCGAGAUUUCAGGCUACGGUCGUUUAUAAUAUAACUACAAAUACAAUCGAUACCAAAGUGGAAGACAUCUCGCGUCUGGAUUGGUAUGCAAAAACUUCCAACUGCAUUGAUUUGAAAGAAGAAAAGAAAUAUUGCAUUUGUAAAAAUAACACGACGACAAAGCCAUAA